CCGGAAUUGCGUUGUAAGCUUUGGACUCGUCAACGAAAUGCGAUUUACGUGCGACCUAGGCGCGCAUAGUGUAACGUAUAGGGCACAUUAUGCACUUGACUCCUGGUGCAUAAUUUCGCGGAUCCAUUGUUGCAACGUGCAUGUCUUUGCACACAUCAAGCGUAAAUAAACAGUUGCUCUUGUUGCGCCCACGUUCAAAACCAACCUGGUGUUCUUUUGCAAGAAAGCUGCUCAAGUUGUUCACCUUUGUGGGCCCAGCGCGAUCUGCAGUUUUAUUGAAUUUUUGCGGUUGUGGAGCAGGGCCUUGAAUUGGUUACGAGUGGCAGUUGUUUGCCGUUGAGUCUGCAUAUCAGCUUGGGAUUUUCCAUUGAGCAGAAGUUACUGCGAACGAAACAAGCAUGUCGGGUAUAAAGGAGAUACCGCCUUGGUAUUUUGGCAAGGUGACAAAGGGCGUGGCUCACGAGAGACUAUCCGGUACAAUGUCUGGGACCUUUCUAGUGAGAGACAACGAGACAUCGAGAGGGAGCUACGUCGUCUCUGUGAAUGAAAAUGGUAUGGUGGUCGACUACGACAUCCGAAAGACGGGUCGGACACUUAAGAUCAACGACCGCGACUUUGCCGACCUUGCCGCCCUCAUCGGCUACUUCCAGAAAUACCCCUUGGACACCAUCACACUAGACAUACCGUGCUCAAAGGAAGGCAUGGAAUCUCCUCCAAUCUCACCAUCAUGGCAGAAAUAGUGACGACUGGAAGGAAGACUGGUCCUGUAAAAUAAUCGGAAGCUGGAGUUUGGACCAUCCCAUCCGGUUUGUGGAACACGCGGAGAGUGAAAGGGCAAGAUAAAUAGAAAAGCUGUUUGUUUUCUGUUUGUACAAAGUGCAGGGGAUAUCUUGGAAAAAAACUUUUUGAAAUGUUGAAUUUCUAUCUUUCUGUAGUAUCAUGAUUGCUCGUGCCAUACGUUCUUGUCAUUAAAUGACUACUGAAAAGAGAUUAAACAAUUCUUGUCAAAAAUAUAAGAAAUCCACAGCCACUCUGAAAGUAAGACUUUCUGUGUUUUUCCGAUGGUGGCGCCAAAAUGUAUGAAUUUUUAUGGAGGGUUAAAUAUUUUUCAACUGCAGUUGCAGAACAAGCAGAGGAGGUACCUUGGGAUUCCACAAGUACAAGUUGCUUCUAGAAUAUGACAUGAAAGUAUUCAGAGUGGCUGUGGCUUUCUCAUAGUUUUGACAAGAAUUGUUCAAUCUCUUUUCAGUAGUAUUAGUGACAGUGUGACCGCCAUGAACAUCAUUUAACAACCUAUCUGUAAAAGAAGUUAUAAACUGGAGAUGUUAAAUAUUGAAGUAAACCUACCGUUUCAAAAACAUGACCAGCUUAUGCGAAGAAUUCAUGUUUAACCUGGAGGAGCUUCUAUUCGAAAACAUUGUUUACACCUUGAAAGCAUUUUAAGCUGAAGUAUUCUGAAAAAUCAAAGUAAUAUGUAAUACUGACGUCAUAUGUAUUUUUAAGUGAUUUAUACUUUAUACGACCAUUUAUGUGUAUUUGCUAAAUGGGCUUGAAAAACAUGACAUUUCUUCCCUUUGUGUGUAAGAUUUGCUGUCAAAAUGUACUCAACGGAAGUUUUGACACUGAUCUGUAUAACAUUAUUUCCGUUUUGAGGAGCGAGUAACGUCGAACCAGCCGUAUGUGUAUUUUUUAGUAGACUGUAAUAGACAACCAGAAUUAGAAGCCAUGACUGCGGUGACGCAACGCUCGUGGACAGGUGGUACGCGCGCGUUACAUGCCUCUUUGACCAAUAGGAUGUCGUGAUUUACCAAAUGCACGCUUGCGUCAAGCUGAAGAAUGUGCGAAGAGUGCGGCGCCACCGCAUAUGGCGUCUAAUCGAAUAAGUCUAGAUACUCUAGUUGAAUGUUGUGUUCAGUUUUUAAAUCGUCCAUCUCAUAAAGAUCAUGUAUUACUGAGAUGACAUUACUCGGUUGUUCAGAACAGUGAUGACUGAAACGUUAAAUUUAUUGCUGUGUUGUGUCUCUGCGUUACAAAAGUGUUAUGAUAUAGAAAGUGUUAUUAGUGAUUGCCUACACGGGAAAAUGAUCACGGUAGUGAGCAAGGAAAUUUAAGUACUCAUGUACAUGCAAUAGCCAGCGACCAGAAUUAGACGGAUCGAGCCUUUACUGCGGGGGCAACCAGUUUGCUGGCAGGUGCUGGGCCCACGCGCGCGCUAUUUCUCUGUAUCCGGUUCGUGACACCGUCAGACACACGCACGCACCGCGAAUUAUACGUUCCCAUUGGAAGAACAGGCAAGUCGAACGAUAACUUACGAUUCCACGGUUUCGUGUUAACGCGCAACUAUGUGAAGUGGGCGUGUUUAAACUGAAGUGACGUCACACUUACGAACCGGAUAAGGAUGUCGUCACUUGCCAAACAAGCGCGCUCAAGUAAGAAUCUGUGUUUGAGCAUGUGGCCCCGCAAUAAUGGCGUUUUUGUACAUGUACGUGCAUUAGCAGAAACCUCAUUACCAUACAUACAAUUUCAGCUUUCACAUUUAAUCGUGAUAAUCUGUGCACCACAGCACGUGACUGCAGCUCAUCACGCUCUUCUGACAAUAAACCAUGGGUUGAAAUUAAUGUGAUAGGGGAAUGGGUAUACAGUUCCACCGUGAUUGCACCGCUAGUGUAAACUGUUAUUAUUAAUGGGUAUUUUUGUGCUCUUUCUAGGCUGAAGAAAAUCGUUUGACAUCUUGUGCCGUAA